AUGGAUCUGGCAACGGGCGCCAUGGGCUCCCUGCUCAACAAGCUGGCGGAGCUCCUCACCGAGGAGUACAAGCUGCAGACCAGCGUCAGGGAAGGCGUCGAGUCUCUCCAGAAAGAAAUGAAGAGCAUGCAGGCUGCCCUCAGCAAGGUGGCCGAGGUGCCGCGGGACCAGCUCGACGACCAGGUCAAGCUUUGGGCAGGGGAGGUGAGGGAGCUCUCCUUUGCCAUGGAGGACGUCGUCGACAAGUUCUUAGUGCGUGUCGAUGACGGCUCUGAGCCCGCCGCUAAGUCAGACAAGCUCAAACGGCUCAUGGAGAAGUUUACUGGCUUGUUCACUAAGGGGAAGGCUCGCCAUGAGAUCGCAGACGCGAUCAAGGAGAUCAAUAAGCAAGUCCAAGAUAUUUCUAGUAGGCGUGGAAGGUAUACCGUCGACAAUAUUGUCCCUAGGCCCCCUAACAUGACUUCCAUCGAUCCUCGCCUUGGGGCUCUCUACACGGAAGUGACAGAGCUUGUUGGCAUUGCCGGAACAAGGGAUCAAGAGCUAAUGAAGAUGCUCUCGGAGGGGCAUGGCAUGUCCGAGAAAAAAUUGAAGACUGUCUCUGUUGUUGGAUUCGGAGGAUUGGGUAAGACCACUCUUGUCAAAACAGUUUAUGAAAAGAUCAAGGGAGAUUUCAAUUGCAGUGCUUUUGUUUCUGUUGGUCGAAAUGCGGAGGCAAAGAAGGUUUUCAUGAACAUCCUUCUUGACCGUAACAUGAAGAAAAUCCGUGAUGAUCUUGGCAUGAACGAAAGUCAGUUCAUCAUGUUGGAUGCGCCACCACUCAUCAACCUACUCCGAGAAAGUCUCGCGGAGAAGAGGUACCUCAUUGUAAUUGAUGAUAUAUGGGAUGAGAAAUUAUGGACAACCAUUAACUGGGCAUUUUCUAAGGCUAAUGGUUAUGGUAGUCGGCUAAUCACGACAACUCGUAUAGACAGUGUAUCCAAAUUAUGUUGCUCGUCUACUAAUGAUUCAGUUUAUCAAAUGGAACCUCUUAGUGAUGAUGAUUCCAGAAGGCUCUUCCAUAAACGUAUAUUUUCUCAACAGAGUGGAUGUCCUCAUGAGUUUGAAAAAGUGUCUAAAGAUAUAUUGAGAAAAUGUGGUGGUGUGCCAUUGGCCAUCAUUACAAUAGCUAGUAUUUUGGCUAGUGAUGAAAGAGCAAAUUCACUGAAUGAGUGGCACGUUUUGCUAGAGUCUAUUGGUCGUGGACUUACUGAAAACCGUAGUGCCGAGGAGAUGAGAAGGAUACUAUCGUUUAGCUAUUACGACUUGCCUUCCUAUCUGAAGACAUGCUUAUUAUAUCUAAGCAUGUUUCCGGAAGAUAGUGAGAUCCUGAAAGAUCAGUUGAUAUGGAUGUGGAUUGCCGAAAGCUUUGUCCAAUGUGGAAAACCAAAUACUAGUCUCUUUGAGGUUGGAGAAACUUACUUCAAUGAGCUUGUGAACAGAAGCUUGAUCCAGUCGGUAUAUGAUCAUGAUUAUGGCUCUGUAUAUGCUUGUCGCGUACACGAUAGUAUACUUGAUCUAAUUUGCUUCUUGUCAAGAGAAGAGAACUUUGUUACCAUGGUGAGUGGUACUGGUGAUACCAUUUCUUCAGGGGGCAUUGUCCGAAGAUGGUCUCUCCAAAAUGCUAGAAAAGAAGAAGGUCAAACAAGGCCUCUCAGGUCUGAGAGUAUAGGACACGUGAGGUCCGUUGUUACAUUUGCACCAGCUAUUGAUCUAAUGCCACCACUCUCUAGCUUUGUUGUUUUGCGUGUAUUAGAUUUGGAUUUGUAUGGUUAUGAUGGUACUAUGGAGGACCGUCUCAACCUUCAAGAGUUGGGGAGUUUACUUCACUUGAGGUACCUGCGACUAUCCCAAGGACCAUAUGAUGACAACUUGAAGUUGCCGGAAGAGAUUGGAAAGUUGAAGUUUUUACAGGUGUUGAUUUUGCCUGACUGUACAAGGCUGCCGUCGACUGUGAUUAAGCUCACAAGAUUGAUGUGCCUACGGAUUAAUCGUUGGAGUCCUAAUGAUGAGAGGCUUCAGCUUCCAGAUGGUGUUGGAAACCUGAGAUCAAUGGAAGUGUUGCCUAAUAUCAAGGUUGGCUCCAUAAGCAUUGUAAAAGAGUUGGGCAACAUGCACAGACUGAGGGAGCUCAAUAUUCAGUUUGAGAGCUCAGAGCCUGUGGAAGCUUUUGUGGAGUCAGUACAGAAAAUGCAAAAGAUCCAGCGUGUAGAAAUCAGUGCCAAGUGUGAGCGUGGAGUUUCAAUGGAUCUGUUGGGGGAAAGUUGGGUGCCCCCUGCAAGUCUCCGGGAGUUUAUCAUGGUCAAAGGCGUCAGAUUAUCUACGCUGCCGGCAUGGAAUCCAUAUCAUCUAUCACAACUCUCCAAAUUACUAAUAAGGGUAGGGGAUGUGCGACAGGAGGAUCUGGAAUUCCUUGAAAGGUUACCGGCUCUUCGGAUUCUCGGGUUAAAGAGCGACAACCAAAGGCCGCUAGUCGUUGGCGCCGAGGGGUUCCGCUGUUUGGAACAAGUCUUCUUGUGUUGUUUGGAACAAGUCUUCUUGUGUUCCAAAUCACCAAGCCAAAUACUGUUCCAGCCAGGAGCUAUGCCCAAGGCUGAAGAAGUCGGUCUUGAGAUCGGUUUGCGGGUGGCGAAAGACGAAGCAGCUGGCAGCGGUGGCGAUUGGUUUGACCUCGGCAUAGGGAACCUGCCAUCCCUUCGGGACGUCACUGUCAGGUUAUACCGUUCGGGAGUGACGGUCGGGGAGGCCAAGCAAGCGAAGGCUGCGCUGGAGAAGGCCCUCCGCGCCCAUCCUAACCUCCCCACCAUUGAAAUCGACUUCGACAAGGACAUACCAGAAGAUGCUCGUGAUGAGGAUGUCUACACCAAGGGCGUUGACAGCAGCGUCGAUGAAGAGUCGGAGUGA